UAGCAGACAGGACUCCAGCUCUCACCCACUGACUGGACAGCAUGGCCCCUUCUAGUCCUAGCAUGGUGCCGGCUGAUGGCAAUGGGCACAGUGCACAAGGGAUGAGGAAGCUCAGGAAGCCAGUGAUUGAGAAGAUGAGGAGAGAUCGGAUUAACAGCAGCAUUGAGCAGCUCAGGAUGUUACUGGAGAAAGAGUUUGACAAACAGCAUCUUCCAUCCAAACCAGAGAAAGCGGAUAUUCUGGAGAUGACAGUGACCUUAUUGCAUCAGCACCUGGCUGGGAAAACUGCUCCAUCAUCCAGCCAGAGCUACACAGAAGGUUACUCCAAGUGUCUCCAGGUCUCUGAGGGCUUCCUAUCCCAGCACAGACAGACAGAGGCCCAGUUGGAGCUGCUGCAGACCAUCCAUGGUGAACAGCCUCUUGCAACGGAGAGCUUGCCUUUUCAGUUGGGAGUGCACCAUACCGCCAAGAAAGACCUAAUACCUUGGUCCCACAAAGCUGUAUGGAGACCCUGGUAGUCACUGUGUGGACUUUAUUGAACUGGAAACUUUUAGUGAACUCUCAGCAACCUGCCUGAUAUAUAUUGGAGUGUUUGCUCUGCGUAUCGAGUGUUUUAUCAUAUAAUGAAAGCGUAAGCAUGUUACUAAUGCUAUUAGCCAAGUAUGUUUUAUAUUAAAACAUCAGCUCAGGCCUAGAAUUACUGCAAUCUUACAUGAAAUGUUGGAUUUCA